AUGUCUUCCUUGUUUAAACCACGGGGAAAGGAAGAUGAUGGCCUCAUUCGGGAAUCACUUAUCGACUUCUACAAUAGUACUGGGAAUCGAAAACCAGAUCAAGUUAUUAUUUUCAGGGAUGGAGUUAGCGAAAGCCAGUUUACUGAUGUCAUAAACAUUGAGCUUGAGCAGAUCAUCCAGGCCUGCAAGUUCCUUGAUGAGAAGUGGGAGCCUAAGUUCACAGUAAUUGUUGCUCAGAAAAACCAUCAUACCAGAUUUUUCCAGACUGGAUGUCCAGAUAAUGUUCCUCCUGGGACCGUCGUGGAUAAAGAGGUCUGCCAUCCCAAGAAUUUCGACUUCUACAUGUGUGCACAUGCUGGGAUGAUAGGCACGUCGAGGCCAACACAUUACCAUGUUCUGCAUGAUGAGAUCGGCUUCACAGCGGAUGAGCUUCAGGAAUUUGUGCAUUCGCUUUCAUACGUGUACCAGAGGAGCACAACAGCGAUAUCAGUCGUUGCUCCGAUCAUGUACGCACAUCUGGCGGCGGCCCAGGUAGGCACGUUCGUGAGGUUUGAAGACAUGUCGGAUGCGUCGUCGAGCCAGGGAGGGGGGCACACAUGGGCGGGCAGCAUUCCGGUGCCGGAGCUUCCUCGGCUGCACAAGAAUGUGAGGAGCUCCAUGUUCUUCUGCUGA